GUGCGCGGCGAGCUCUGUAUUCCCGCCCUGCCGAUCUAGGAUUCCGGCCCCCGGCCCAGGAGGCCCCUCGCAUCGGGAACCAUGACCGCCAGGAACACGUGGUGGUCGGUGCUCCUCGUGUUCAUCGCGGCGACACACCUGAGCGGCACCUCGGCGAGAUACCAUCACAUCAAAUUGAGGCAUGGCAGGCACAGGCGACAGCACGGGGAGAGUUACUUACCCGGGAGCUUCGUCCUGGACGUGGACGAGCCCGAGAGAGGAUCCUGGAGCCCGUGGUCCACGCCCAGCUCAUGCUCCAGGUCCUGCGGGGGAGGUGUGGCACACCAGACCAGGAGCUGUCUCGACGUCGACGAGAACGGGAUGGAGAGAUGUUCGGGAGCGAGCAAGAGGUUCUUCUCCUGCAACAUCCAAGACUGCCCUGGAGAACCGAAGGACUUCAGGGCCGAACAAUGCACGGAGUUCAACAACGUCCCCUUCGAGGACGUCUAUUACGACUGGAUACCUUACACCGGUGGCCCUAACAAAUGCGAGUUGAACUGCAUGCCGCGAGGCGAGCGUUUCUUCUACAGACACAAACUGAGCGUCGUCGACGGGACGCCCUGCGACGUCGAGAAGAACGACGUCUGCGUCGAGGGAAGAUGCAUGCCCGUAGGUUGCGACAAGAUGCUGGGUAGCGACGCCAAGGAAGACGCUUGCAGAGAUUGUGGAGGUGACGGUUCCGACUGUAACACCGUCAGUGGUCUCUUCGACACGGAUGAUCUGCAAGUUGGGUAUAUCGACAUCCUUCUCAUCCCCGAAGGAGCAACCAACAUCGUGAUCAAAGAGGUCCGGCCGUCCAACAAUUACCUCGCGAUUCGAAACACGACCGGGCAUUAUUAUCUGAACGGCAACUGGAGGAUAGACUUCCCCCGCAGUCUGCGAUUCGCAGGGACGAUAUUUCACUAUUCUAGGGAUCCUCAGGGUUUCGCAGCUCCAGAUACCAUAGCCGCCCUGGGACCGACCAGCGAAGCGAUCUACGUCGUGUUGCUGUACCAAGACAAGAACGUCGGCGUGCACUACGAGUACAGCAUUCCGAAGAAGUUCUCGCAGCAAUCGGACCCCGACAGUUACACUUGGAUAGCCGACGAAUUCUCCUCUUGCAGCGCGAGUUGCGGCGGAGGCUAUAAAUCGAGGAGAGUCGCUUGCGUACGCCGACGUGACAACGAGCGAGUGGACGAGAACCUCUGUGACCCCCAGCUGGAACCAGCCGACACCCAGCUGUGUGGUGACGAACCAUGUCCUCCAGAGUGGGUGGAGGGUCCUUGGGGUCCUUGCAGUGAACCUUGCGGCGAAGGUGGUGUACAGUCGAGGGAGAUUAAAUGCGAGCAAGUCGUCGCAGGAGGAAUUCCCUCGGUGGUCGACGAUUCCCAGUGUCUUGAGAAAUUGGGUCCCAAAGCCUCCACCACGCAGGCAUGCAACAAGGACGUGGAGUGCCCGAAAUGGCACCUGGGACCUUGGAAACCGUGCGAUCGUCUGUGCGGAAUAGGCAAGCAGGUUAGGAAGGUAACUUGUUACAAAAAGGACGAUGGGAAGAUCGAGGUUUUGGCCGAUGAAGUUUGCCAGGGUGAAGUUCCAGAAAAAGAAAAGCCCUGCGAGCUGAGACCUUGCGCCGGACUGGACUGGGUCGUCUCUGAUUGGAGUGGCUGCGACGACAAAUGUGGCCUAAGUCAAGAGACAAGAACCGCUCAUUGCGCCACGAAGGAUGGAGACGUUUAUCCGGAUGAAAAGUGCAAUUCUGAAAAGAAGCCCGAAUUGACCAGGAAAUGCGAAAAUGUGCAGAACUGCGAAUUUCAGUGGUACGCUACUCAGUGGAGCGAGUGUUCGGCAAAGUGUGGCUCGGGUGUCCAGACUAGGAAGGUCUUCUGCGGUACUUUCGAGGACGAGGAAACUCUGAAGAAGGCACCCGAUGAUAAAUGCGACCUGGAGAAAAAAUACGAGGACAAGAAGAACUGCACCGCCGAGAUCGAACAGUGCAAAGGAGAAUGGUUCGUCGGUCCUUGGAGCAAGUGCUCCAAGCCAUGCGGAGGCGGCGACAUGUCGAGAAAGGUAGUUUGUUUGAAAGACAACCAAACUGUUUCGCCGGACAAUUGCGACGUAGACACGAUCAUGUUCAGCGAGGAAAGCUGCAACGAUCAUCCUUGCGGAGAAGACGAAAUGCUGCCCGUGGAACCGUCGAAGACUACAGUUCUGCCUAUCGAGGAGGAGGAAUGCGAAGAGUACGAAGACGAGGAUUUCGUGACAUUCGAUCCCAGCUUAGGGGGUGAAACUAAAUCUAAAAAAGCGGACGAAGGAAUGACGGAGGCUUCGCCGUUGAGUUCGCCGUUUGGUAUGGAGCUUUCUGAAGGGACCAGUCUGGACGACAUCAUGAUGAGCGACUCGACGUACAUUCGCGGAGACAUAAGUCUUUUCACGGACGCCGGCAGCGGCAGUGGUACCGGAAGUGACGAUUUCACUCUGUUCAGUUCAUUUUACACUGACUCCUCGAUAUCGGACAAGGAUCAGUCCGUGGAAGGUAGUGGAUCAUCCGAAGAGUCGACUACCAGUUUCAUUACCGUGGUGACCGAAGGUUCCACCGACGUUUCCGUGACCACGGAGUCUGGUUCCACCGACGAAUCGAGUCAAUCGGGGUCCACCGAUACGUCAGAAUCGUCAGAAUCAACAAUGUCGUCAGAAUCGUCAGAAUCGACAAUGUCGUCAGAAUCGUCAGAAUCAACAAUGUCGUCAGAAUCGUCAGAAUCUUCAGAGACCGCCGAGAGUACGGAGUCAUCAACGACCGAAGCCACUGAAGUCAGCGAAACGGAAGUGUCUGGAUCGGAUGCCACCACCGAAUCGGGUACAACGGAAUUAUCAACCAGCGAAUCGGCAACGACGCAAGGAUCGACCGAGUCGACGGGAUCCGAGGACACUCAGGAGACGUCCACUUCCGAUUAUUCCACUGCAUCCACUUUGGACGUAACCGCUACCACAGGUUCCGAAGAUACUACAGUGUCUUCUGAAACAGAGUCCACGGAAUCUACCGUCACGGAGACCUCCGAAUCCACGGAGUCGACCGUCACGGAAACCACAGACUCCACGGAAUCGACAGUGACGGAGUCCACCGAAUCCACACCAACGACUUCCUCCACCGAGUCUGAAAGCACUUCUACGGAAGAAGAGACCACGGGAUCAAGCUCGACGGAAGAGUCCGCUUCAACUUUCGAGUCAACCACUGAAUUGCCGACCUCUCAAUCUUCAGAAUCAACCGAAUCGUCCACUUCGGCUACCUCGGAAAGUGACUUCACGGAGACUAGCACGUUCGCCUCCACGACGGAAGUAACUAGUGAAAGUAGCGAAACCACCGAAACCAGCGAAACCAGAAAAACCAGCGAAACCAGCGAAACCAGCGAAACCAGCGAAACCAGCGAAACCAGCGAAACCAGCGAAACCAGCAAGUUGUCCACCACUGAAACGGAAGUAACCCAGUCGACAGGAUCAUCGGUGACCGAGAGCACCGAGGAGACUUCCGAGACCUCUACGAUCUCUGGAACCACAGGAACUUCCGAAAGUCCAAAGACUUCCGAAACUUCGUCAACUGUGUCCGGUGAAACCUCGGAGUCGGAACCAUCCACCUUGUCGGGAGAGACGACCGAAUCCGGUGUAUCAACGGUGUCGGCUGGAAGCACGGAGUCUGGAGCAACGACGGAAUCCACCGAGUACGAGGCGACUUCGGAAUCAGGUACGACGGAGUCUGGUGAAACGACCGUGACCGAGAGUGAGAUGACGACCGAAACUGGGGAGACAGGUUUGACAACGGAAAGCGGUGUUACCGAUCAGACAACAGAGACGGAAGAGGUAGAUCUCACCGGCAAGACGCAUAUCAGCGAAUUGUGGACGACGAUCAGCCCCGUGGAGGACGCUAUCACGAAGGAGCACAAGCUGAGGAAGUGCAAACUCAGGAAGAAGAAGGAGACUUGCAAGACCGCUCCGUUUGGUUGUUGCUACGACGGAGUGACUGCAGCCGAGGGUCCAUUCGGGAAAGGGUGCCCCACUCCUCUCACCUGCAACGAGACCAAAUACGGAUGCUGUCCCGACGAGGUGUCUCCCGCAAUCGGACCCGACAACGAAGGUUGCCCAGAUUCGCAUUGCAAGGAGACUCUCUUUGGUUGUUGUCCGGAUGGCGUCACUCCUGCAGAGGGUAACGAUUUCGAAGGCUGCGUCAAGCCUUGCAACCAGACGGAAUUUGGAUGCUGCCUGGACGAGGAGACGCCAGCGAGCGGAGCCAACAAUUUGGGCUGCUGCAACGUGACCAAGUUCGGCUGUUGCGAAGACAACCUAAGACCGGCUUCUGGACCAAACUUUGAAGGUUGCGAGGAGCCGGAAGUUACCUCCACGGAGCCGGUCACGGAUCUCGAAGAAAGCACCACUCCUGUGGAACCGGAAGAGGACUGCGCCAACUCCACCUACGGCUGCUGCCCCGAUGGCGUCAAGCCCGCUUCCGGUACGAACUUUGAAGGCUGUGGGGUCAUUAACUUCGAGAACUGCACCGCCUCCUACUUCGGCUGCUGUCCCGAUGGAGUAUCCCCAGCACUGGGAGGCAAUUACCACGGUUGUCAUCUGCCUUGCGAGAACACCACAUAUGGGUGUUGCGAGGAUGGUUCGACUCCCGCCCAUGGACCAAAUAUGGAGGGCUGCUGUUUGUCCACUCCCUUCAAGUGCUGUCCAGACAACAUUUUACCGGCCAGAGGUCCAGAUCUUUAUGGCUGUGGAUGCCAAUAUUCCAGAUUCGGUUGUUGUCCCGACAACUCUACAGCCGCAAGAGGACCUAACAACGAGGGUUGCGGUUGCCAGUACACGACUCAUGGAUGUUGUCCCAAUCGGUUCACCCCGGCUACUGGACCCAACUUCGAAGGAUGUCCUUGCUACACAUAUCAAUUCGGCUGUUGUCCGGAUGGCGUGAACAUAGCUAAAGGACCUCACAGUCAAGGCUGCGGAUGCGAAAAUACGAAGUUCAACUGCUGCUCCGAUGGCAGGACACCCGCCAAAGGACCGAACUUUGCUGGAUGCGCUUGCGAUGCCUCGAAAUAUGGAUGCUGUUUUGACGGAGUGGAAGAGGCCCAAGGGGAAAACUUUGAAGGCUGCUUGACCGUACCCACGACUCCUGGAGCAGCUUGCUCCUUGGAGAGGGACCGAGGUCCUUGCAGAGAUUUUACCGUCAAGUGGUUCUUUGACACUGAAUAUGGCGGGUGCUCGAGGUUUUGGUAUGGUGGCUGUGAUGGCAACGACAAUCGCUUUAAGACGCAGGAGGAGUGCAAGGAAAUCUGCGUUGAGCCUAAAGGACGAGACGCCUGCGUCCUGCCCAAAAUCACUGGUCCUUGCGAAGGGUACUACCCAACCUGGUACUACGACGCUGGAAGGCAACAAUGUGGUCAGUUUGUCUAUGGAGGGUGUCUUGGUAAUGCCAACAAGUUCAAAACUCGGGAGGAGUGCGAGGAACUUUGCGUGGUCCCUGACGAUGUCGACCCGUGCGAUCAGGGCAAGGAAGAAGGCCCUUGCCAGGGCAACUUCACCAGGUGGCACUUCAACAAGGAAUCGCAGCGCUGUGAGAUUUUCAGGUACGGAGGGUGUAAAGGAAACAACAAUAACUUCCCCACGGAAGUGGCGUGUCACCAGCAGUGUCUGCAGCCUGGUCGCAGCCGAGAUUCUUGCUCGCUGCCACGUUUCGAGGGUAACUGCACGGAGAAGCACUCUCGUUGGUACUUUGACCAGUCGGAAAAUCGGUGCAUGCCCUUCUAUUACACCGGAUGUGGUGGAAAUAAAAAUAACUUUGAGUCUAGAGAUGCAUGCGAGACCGACUGUCCACCCAAAAUCGAGCAAGAUAUCUGCCUGCUUCCUGCUCUCUUGGGUGAGUGCCACAAUUACACCCAGAGGUGGUACUAUGACUCGUACGAACAGCGGUGUAGACAAUUCUACUAUGGAGGCUGCGGUGGAAACGAGAACAACUUUAGGACCGACCAGGAGUGCAUCUCGAGAUGCGAGGCCAAAACUAGCACGUCUGCUCCUGCCGUCGUCGAAUUCAAAACCGAGUUUUGCUUUCUGCCCGACGAUCACGGACCGUGUGCUGAUGAGUCCGUCAGGUGGUUCUAUGACAGCAGGGAAGGAAUCUGCAAACAAUUCACCUAUGGUGGUUGUCAGACCAAUGGGAACAUGUUCGGCACCCGCGAGGAGUGCGAGUAUCGUUGUGGAGAUGUGCAAGAUCCGUGCACCCUGCCGAAGGUGGUCGGGCCAUGCAACGGAUUCGUUCAACAGUAUUUCUACGACAGGCGCUCGGACUCUUGUUACGAGUUCGACUACAGCGGCUGCCAGGGCAACAAGAAUCGCUUCCAGGACAAGCUCUCCUGCGAGAGCAAAUGCAAACAAGUUCCUGACGUUCCGUCCGAGGUUAAGGCUCAGCAGCAGAGUACACAGGCACCGCAUCCAAUCACUGAAAUCGUCCCAGCUAGUCCUCUCUGCUUGGCACCGGUUGAUGCUGGACCUUGCAAUGGAGAAGUCACGGCCUAUUACUACGACCCUCAGUCUAAGUCUUGUCAAGCUUUCAUCUAUGGUGGGUGCGAAGGCAACGCCAACAGGUUCCAGACCGAGGAGCAGUGCGAGAGACUCUGCGGUCGCUUCCAAGGCCAAGAUGUCUGCAACCUUCCCGUCGACACCGGACCGUGUCGAGGAGCUUUCCCCAAGGUCUAUUACGAUUCUGGCAGCCGGGGAUGUCGUGAGUUUACUUACGGUGGUUGUGAUGGGAACGCCAACAGGUUCAGCACCGUUCCGGAAUGCGAGUCGGUCUGCAUUCACCACGAAGAACCUGCUCCUACUGGAAACGACACCUCGCUUUCUCAUCUGGCGAUCUGCAAAGAACCCGUGGACAUCGGUUCUUGCAGCACAGGGACUUACAAGCGAUUCUACUUCGACGACGAACGCCAGACUUGCAUGGCGUUCGUUUACACGGGUUGCGGUGGAAAUCGUAACAGAUUCAAGACUUUCGAGUCUUGCAUUAAUACUUGCUUCAGGACGAGCAACGAGAUAGACGUGGACUCGGGACGUGACAAGAAGGAUCCUUGUGCGGAGGCUCGCGAAGAGUGCAACAUUAUUCGCUGUCCUUACGGGAAGGAAGCUUUUGUCGAUAGCCAAGAUUGCGAACGCUGCCGUUGUGUGGAUCCCUGCAGGACUCAGACUUGUCCGGAGGGAACCAAAUGUGCCAUCACAUUGGUGGCGAGCAGAGAUGGCACCGAGUACAAGGGAGUCUGCAGAUCGACUACUAAGCCAGGAAGGUGUCCAAACGUGUCGAACAGCACGCGCUGCGAGCAGGAAUGUCAGUCCGAUGCAGAUUGCACCGGAGAGUGGAAAUGCUGCAAGAUCGGGUGUGGUGCCUCUUGCUUGGAACCGGCACCCGAGGAACCACUUCCCACGCUUCCUCCGAUUCAGAAUGCCUCAAUUCCUCAGUAUGGAGCAGAACCAGCCUCCAUCGUACAGCCAGAAGAACCGAACGUCAGUGCCGAGGAAGGCGGAUUCGUCACUAUGACGUGUGUAGCUCGUGGCAACCCGAGACCAACUAUUUCCUGGAGGAAAGAUACCACUUUGAUCGGCGCGGCCGAGAAGAGGCGACGCAUCCUGAACGACGGCUCCUUGCAGAUCAUCAAUCUGUACACCUACGACAGGGGAGUAUAUGUCUGUACUGCUGAUAAUGGUGUCGGAGCACCGGUUAGAACGGAGUACCAGCUCGACGUGACGGAACCUCACGACCAUUCCGCCGCCAUCGUCGGAGAAGCGAACACCUACAUAACGGUGACCAUGAAAUCGCCUACGAUUCUGCAUUGUUACGCCAUGGGCUGGCCAAGGCCUUUUGUCACCUGGUGGAGAGGAGACCGCAUGCUGCCCCUGUCUUCGGAGUCCUACGAGCAGGAUUCCGAUUACACUCUGCUGAUCAGAUCCGUUACCUUGAGCAACCUCGGGGUGUACACCUGCCAAGCUUACAAUGGGAUCGACAGGCCAGCCUCUUGGUCGGUUACCCUGCAAGCUGUCGGACCUGUCCACAAUAUCAAGCCGGAACAGCAGGAGUACGCGAAAUAUCUCGUCCAACCACCCAAAAGACCGGACAGACCACAGUACCCAUAUCGACCCAACAGAACCCAGACUACCGAGUACCAUCAGACCUACGCUCCCAUUUAUCCCACUCAACCCUACAUUCCUGGUGUCGUUCCUCUCACGGAACCACCUUCCGAGGCUACUCGGUACAAAGUUCCGGUCAAGGUAAACGUGUCGGUAUCUCAGAACCAAUUCCCGGAGGGUAGCGACAUCAGCAUCGCCUGCAACGUGGACGGGUAUCCCAUUCCUCGAGUCCUUUGGUACAAGGACGAUGUUCUGAUCAGGUCGAACAAUCGCGUGAAGGUUUCCGAUGCCAAUCGAUUGAUAAUCGCCGAUGCCAACAAGAACGACUCAGGGGUGUAUCGCUGCGAAGCGUCCAAUGAGUACACUUCUGCUUCAGACAGCGCAAAUAUCGUGGUAGCUGGAAUCUUUAUCCAUCCCAAUUGCCAGGACAACUCGUUCUUCGCCAAGUGCGACUUGAUCGUCCUGGCGAAUUACUGCCAGCACAAAUACUAUGCCAAAUUCUGCUGUCGAUCCUGCACAGAGGCGGGCCAGCUGCCAGCAUCGGGGCCUCAUAUCGACACCACCAGAAGGAGGAGAUCGAUCCUUUCUUUCCUUUGAAGUCCUGAGUCGACUUUUCGGUGUCCACGAUGAGCGCAACGUGGAGGGAUUCGUCUUCCCUUCUGGAAGGGGAAUCGCGAAUGGCGAAAAAUGCCCCGAAGAAACUCACUUCAAGAAUAGUCAGUAGUCUGAACGAGGUCCUUUCGGAGCAUCUUUCGAUCCUUCGACCUGCGUUGGAUCGGACAUCGAGGAAAAGUCGAGUUUCCUUCACUGCCAAAGCCUUAGAACGUUUAUACAUAGAUACGGUUGAUUAAAAUGAUCAAGCCGGUCAGGGAUCGCGCGAUGUUUCGAAUGCAUCGACGAUGCAUCUCGCGAUGGAACCGUCCAUGUAUACACGAUCUGAUGCUGAAUCCUAGUCCGAUGGAGCCAUAUCGCUGGGCAAUGGUUGUCUCUCAUGGACGACGUUGUCACCGUUGACAUUGCCUCCGUGCGCAGACAACUGCGCUCCGGGUAACCUCAGAAGGCAUUCGAUGCACCGAUAACUAUAAGGACAGUUAAAAUAGAUAGACGCUGCGUUACAGACGACCCGUCUCAGUUCCGGUCGGUAUAUACAUUUAAUUCUAGAUAUUGCGUGUACAAUAGAUAACGGCUGAUAACGCCUCUUCCUCUAGCAUCUCCAGAAGGAAGUUGAAUGGCGAGUCAACGGCCUUCGGUUUACUCGCUUGUUCUAAUUUAUUAGUAACUCUCGAUCGUCAGCGAGGGCAGUAGGUGGAACCCGAGUCCAAAUUUUAGUCCUAUUGUAAACCUGUGUAUCUUAAGUAAGCUCUAUUUUGGUCCUUUCUUUACUCAUUAGGUCCUACUUUCAUCUUUGUACGUUCUACUUAAUACUGACGACGUCCUACCUUAAGACUACUUGUUGAGGAAAUGGAAAGAUCUGCCACUUUUAAAGUCUGAAGGAGGACCUCGAACUUAUGGAAGUAUGUUGUUUCGAACCCAUUUAAAGCUUACAAUUAGAAGUUUUAAGUAGGAUCAAAAUUUCGACUCGGCAAGCGAGCGGAUCCAACAAACGCUCGACCAGAUUUUUCAAGAACAUCCGGAAUCGUCGACCUCAUUGUCCUCCCUAAUCACGUGGGAAUGAAAACUGCGUCGGUUUCCUUGUAAAGUAUUCAUUAUUGAUAGUUUAUCGAGUACGUAAUAGUCGACGGCGGACUCGCUUCGCCAAAUACGGAGAGUUCGCGCCAGGCUCAAGAGUCGUCUGUGCAUUCGAAACCAGUGCGUUGCAUUUAUACACGUUCCUGAGUAUCAGUUAAUCGUAGAAUCGCGACUACGUACUAACCGCGUUUUGGGAGGAUGCCCUAGUUAAUGUUUAAUUACAGUAGGUUACUUAGGCUACCAUGCGUAACAGUACCAAGAGCAUUUAUACACUUAAAAUACGCACUACACGGUAACGACGGCGAGGACCUCGCAUUUAUCUCGACGGUUUGGUGCUGACUCGUACCCGGGUCCUCGUUCACUUACUUAACUAGUAUUAAGCGCAGUGCCUUACCGAACCUUGGUUCCAAAUACUAGAAGAAGGUACCGGAGAAUGUCGAAGGUCGUAAAGCGUGGUUGAUUCGUGUAAAUAAUCAGCGACCACCGCCAACAAUUAAGCACCGCUUCGUCCGCAGAUCUCGGAUAGUCGCGCUAAUCGCUUAUCAGGACCCACGUUUCGAUCCUCUCUUGGUGACUUUGUCCUUUCAAAGAGUGAAGAACGGUAUGUAUAUGGAAACUAUAAAAAUAGUCCUGACAAAUGGAUGCGUUUCCCAAGAGCAAAGAAAUCGUCGCGUAGCCCGGACGAGGAACGAGUCGUCGUUGAAUUUCUGACCGUCUUCUAUCGUUUGUCUUCAGGACCUUUACCGUGCCAUUCCCAGCAGUCUUCACCUCGGCGUAAUGCAAAAUAUUUUAAGUUACUCGACUUUCCUUGUACAUAGUUUUUAACGAUGAUAAGUUCCUCCGCUCCGACGAUUACUUUGUUGCAAGAGGAUCUAGAACUGUAUCUUGCGUUUAAGGUAAUGCGAAAAUGGCGUCAAAGAGGUCUCGUUUAUGAAACAUUUCUCCGAAUAUGAUAUAUAAUAUAUGAUAUAUGAUAUGA